CCCAUGGCGGUCUCUAAACCCUUGUUUCCUUUCAAGUCUUGUCAAUUCCUCCUUUCACCCCCUACUCCAUCUCCCCCCUCAUUCCCAUUUUGGGGGGGUUUUCCUGCAUAAUUUGUUUCCUAUCUUUCGGAGUCAGAUAGGCGUAGGCUUGGCCUGCUUAUUCCGAUGGUGAAGAAAGAGAAGGAAGAGGACAAAAUUGAGAAGACCAUUCGUGGUCUUCUCAAGCUUCCCGAGAAUCGAAGAUGCAUCAAUUGCAGCAGCCUGGGGCCACAAUAUGUAUGCACAACCUUCUUGACAUUCGUUUGCACGAAUUGCAGUGGCGUGCAUCGGGAAUUCACGCAUCGUGUCAAAUCAGUUUCGAUGGCAAAAUUUUCGUAUGAAGAAGUCAGUGCUCUUCAGGCUGGGGGGAAUGAGAGGGCAAGGGAAAUCUAUUUCAAAGAUUGGAAUGAACAUCGUAACUCUUAUCCCGAUGGCAGCAACCUUCACAAACUCCGGGAUUUCAUCAAGCAUGUUUAUGUUGAAAGAAAAUACACCGGGGAAAGAAGUAACGAGAAGCUUAGAAAGCUGAGACUGGCCGAUAAUGAUGAGCGUUAUGAUGGAAGGAAAGGUGGUGGUAUUUAUUAUGGGAGAAGUCCAAGUUACGCAAUGGCUAGGAGCUCAGCUCUUGGGAUGACAAGAAGUCCAAGUUAUGAGGUAACCAGAAGUCCGGGCUAUGAGGUAACCAGAAGUCCAAGUUUUGAUAACAGGAGAAAUGGUCGUGAUAGAUAUGGUCCUAGUAGAUGGAGUUCUGAAAGAAGCUUCAAAUAUUAUUACGACGAAAUGAGAAGUCCUAGCUAUACCCCAGAAAGUUCGAGAUAUGGAGGAGGCUUGAAGAAAUCCCCUGUUCGCUUUGAGGUUGUUGAUGAUAGGUUUCGAGAUAAUGAAAGUAGAAGUGGCCAGUCAUCAAAUAGUAGCAGGUUGUCAUAUAAAGAGUCUAGGUCUGAAUGUCGAAGCAGGUCACCUGACUCCGAGAAAACCAUUGAUGGGUCUAAGUCUGCAGUGGUACCUCCUACUCAAACUGUCCCGCCGGUAAAUGUUGGGAAGCAGUCUAGGAUAAGUGAAGGGAAGGAAGCUGACCAGGCGAGCAAACUCAACUCCUUAUUGAUGCAAAAAGCUUUUAUCAGUAUUGCCACACCUUCUGCAAUCAAGGCUCCAACCGACAAUACUAUUGCAGAAGCCAAAAGUCAGACUUUAGAAAGCCUGAUUGACCUCGAUAAUGAUUCCAUGUCCCCCAAGGUUGUGGUAGUGGCACCACCACCUCAAGCCACAGAAGCACAACCUUCUGUUAACAGCUCAAUUGAAUCCUUUGUGAAGAAAGAACCAUUAGCACCAAAGCCGAACAGUGUUGAAUUUUUACUCUUUGAGUUAUCAACUCCCUCAGUUACACCAUCUGCUGCUAAUGUUUCUGAAAGGGAUACCACUCCUCCAUUGACGAUAUCAGAAGGCAGUAUUGCUGCACUUGGAGCCUCUUCAGAUGGAAGUACCUCCAUGGGGGUGUCAGCUAAAUGUGAUCAUCUUGGAUCUUCAACUAUUGAGUCUGCCCAAAACUUGCUUGCAGAUAAUGUUUCAACGGCUGGGUCUUCGGAUAAAAUGUCUUUGGUACCCUAUGAUGUACCUAAAAGAGCUUCACUUGCAGAACCCUAUAGGCAGUCGCUCUCAUUGUUUGACGCCUUCGGUGGCUCUUUAUUUCCGUCAGCUGCUAAUUUGCCUGUGCAACCUUCCAGUGGAGGUGGCGCAUCAGAGGCUACACCUGAUUUUUUUCAGGAAUCCUCUUUUACAGCUAACAACGGUGACAAGGUUAAGUAUCAAGAAAAAGCUGAUAACAUACCUUCUUUAACUGUUGGUUCAACUGAAUCAGGCCAGACAACUUCUGCAUUUGUUGCACAGACAAACAACCAGCCAUGUACUUCCUUAGAAUCAUGUACUGUGCAAGGACCUUCAGGUGCUUCAGUUGAACACGCUUCACAAAAUAUUUCUCAAUCAGCUCAAGAAUCUAACUCUGGGGUUCAAAAACCAUCUACCACUUCCUCACAACAAAUCUCGCAACCAGCUGAAGAGUCUAACUCUGGGGUUCAAAAACCAUCUACCAUUGCUUCAGAAACAAAGGCUAGUGGGAGGCAGGAACUUCCCGUGGACCUGUUUGCAUCAAGCUUCAUGCCAACAACAGGACCUUCACCAAGUUGGAAAUAUGGUAGUAGUCCAUACGACAUGGGCUUUGGGACACAGUAUUACCACAAUCCAAUGCAAGUCAUGGCAUACCCCAACCCCGUGAAGUCAACAAACCCAUUUGAUGACAACUCUCAGAGACAGGCACACCCGUAUCCUGCCAUGGGGAACUUUGGAGGUGCACCACCUCCUAAUGUGCAACAUCGUCCCAUCUUGUUUCCUAGUUCCAGCACGGGUCACAUUUCUUCGGCUAUGAUCCCAGAUUCUUCACGAAUCCCUUCACAAUCUUUCCCAUUUGAGUCUACGAUAUCUUCUGGUCCAUACGUGGAGCACCAGGUGCUCAUGAACUUGUCACCUUUCAGGCAACAAGGAGGUAGCUUUGGCAUUGAUGAGGACGCUUUUUCUUCAUUGAAUAUGGUCCAACAGCAACGACCUGAUGGAGAAAACUCGUUUCAUGUCCGCCAGAACUCUCUCCCUUCAAGGGGAGGAAACCCAUUUGGAUAGAUGAGGCUACACUCGUUUCAAAUGACGUAAUAGGCGAAGAGUACCCAACUUUGUUGUUUGAUAUGCAUCUCAUGGCCUAUCGCGAUUCCAACUCAAGGUAUCAUGUGAUUUGAUUGAGGAGCAAGCAACCAGUGCUGCCAACAUUCCUUGACUAGUCAGGUGGCAUGUGGCACAAGCAAGGCAGGAGUCGAGCAAGGUUGUCGGAAUUGGAAAAAAUAGAUGCGCCGGGAAUCUCUUCUUCCAAGCUGAGUGUCUUCCUCCAAUCUGCCACCAACCACCCCACGGCCCACAACGGCAAUCAAGCCACCACUGCCAUUGCUUCCUCCCCUCUGAACUAGCUCAAUAGCCA